UAGCAUGAGCAGUAACAGGGAGAACCCACCGGAAGCCGAGAACGACAAGAAGAAUUCCUCCAGCAAAAAGGACAGCCCAUCGGACGAUAAAAAAGAUGGUGGUUCAACUUCAACGGGAAGCAAUGGCGGUGCGACCACGGGAGGACCGUCGCAACCCAAAAGUAAACACAGCUCCGUGGGCGCGACCGUCAGAGAAGAAGCCCAGAAGCUGUUGGACCUAGCGCAUACCUACAGGGAAUGGGCUGUCGUGGACCAGCUGCUGAAGUCUUUGGAGAAAACUGUGCAGAGCGCUGCAGGGGAGAAUGGCUUCAUCGUACCGCUCGCCGGUGUUUUGGACACGACGACGGGGAUGACGCCGUUGAUGUACGCAGUGGAGGACAACCGCAGCGAGCUAUUCGAUCGGAUGAUCGAGCUCGGAUCCGACGUGAAUGCCAGAAACAAUAAAGGAAAGAUACCUCUUCUGCUAGCAGUUGAGGCUGGCAAUCAAUCGAUAUGCCGGAAACUUUUGGCACAUCAAGCACUAGAUCAGCUUUACGCCAUUACGCCAACCGGUGAUUCCGCCGUGCAUUUGGCCGCUAGAAGAAAGGACAUCGACAUGGUGCAGAUCCUCGUGGAUUAUGGCGCGGCCGUAAACAUGCAAAAUAGUGAUGGGCAAACUGCGUUACACAUAGCGAGCGCCGAAGGUGACAAAACUUUAGUGAAAUGUCUUUACGAUGUCAGAGCCUCUGCCUCGAUCACCGAUCACCAAGAUCGUACGCCGAUGCACUUGGCCGCGGAGAACGGUCAUGCUACCAUUAUCGAGCUGCUGGUCGAUAAAUUCAAAUCAAAUAUCUUCAAAAGGACGAAAGACGGCUCCACUCUGAUGCACAUAGCAUCGCUGAACGGUCACUCGGAAUGUAUCACUAUGCUCUUGAAGAAGGGCCUGUAUCUGCACAUGCCAAAUAAACAUGGUGCCAGAUCCAUUCAUACGGCUGCAGGAUACGGUCAUGUGGAUAUUAUCAACACUUUGCUGCAACGAGGAGAGAAGGUGGACGCGAUAACUAACGAUAACUAUACGGCACUCCAUAUAGCUGUGGAAAGUGUCAAACCAGCUGUCGUGGAAACCCUUUUGGGAUACGGCGCAAAAGUAAACAUGAGAGGUGGAAAACUUCGCGAGACUCCACUUCACAUAGCUGCUAAAGUGGCUGAUGGCGACGAAUGCGCUCUGAUGUUAUUGCAAUCUGGAGCAAAUCCCAAUCUACCAAUCAACGACGGUCAAACGCCCGUGCAUGUGGCAGCCAGCCAUGGGAAUUUAGCGACAUUCCUUUUACUCCUCGACAAUGAUGGUGACCCGAUGUUUAAAUCAAAAAAAGGAGAAACACCUUUGCAUUUAGCCUGCAGGAGUUGCAGAGCUGACGUCGUCCGACAUUUGAUAGAAUUUGUAAAAGAAAGGAAAGGGUCAGAGGUGGCGACCGCCUAUGUGAAUAGUCAGACUAACGAAGGUGCUAGUGCGCUCCAUUACGUAGCCCUAAUCGAAUCCUCGGAAGUCGAAACUCCACGCAAUGAUCGCGCCAUCAUUCACGUCCUUCUUGAGAGCGGCGCGGACGUCUCAUUGCAGACCAGACAGACUCAGGAAUCAGCGUUCCACCACUGUGCACUCGCCGGCAACAACGAGGUUCUGACGGAGAUGAUCAGUCGCAUGUCAGCUACGAAAGGAAAGAUACCUCUUCUGCUAGCAGUCGAGGCUGGCAAUCAGUCGAUAUGCAGGAAACUUUUGGCACAUCAACGAGCACCAGAUCAGCUUUGCGCCACUACGCCAGCCGGUGAUUCCGCCGUGCAUUUGGCAGCUAGAAGAAAGGACAUCGACAUGGUGCGGAUCCUGGUGGAUUACGGUGCGGCCGUCGACAUGCAAAAUACCGCUAGGAAUAAACUGACGGAAGCGACUCCUCUGCAGCUAGCGGCAGAAGGUGGUCACGCCGAGAUCGUGAAGGCUCUGGUUAAGGCUGGCGCGUCCUGCGCUGACGAGAAUUGCACUGGUUUCACCGCGGUUCAUCUAGCGGCUCAACACGGCCACUGCCACAUACUUGAUGUGAUGAGGUCGUCACGAUCUCUUAGAAUAUCCAGCAAGAAGCUCGGCGUCACUGCGCUUCAUGUUGCUGCUUAUUUCGGACAAGCCAAUAUGGUUAGAAAACUGCUAACUCACAUAUCCAGAAACGUGAAAUCUGAUUCACCAAUUGGAGGAUUCUUGGUAAGAGAGUUAGGGGUUGAAUCUGGCAUGACUUCUCUUCAUCUGGCUGCUUAUUCAGGAAAUGAAAAAGUUGUGCAACUUCUUCUCAAUUCAACGGGUGUCCAGGUAGAUGUAGCAACGAAGGAAAACGGCUGGAACUCUUUGCAUCUGGCUUGCUUCGGUGGUCACAUAACUGUCGUGGGUCUGCUGUUGAGCAGAUCGGCGGAAUUGUUGCAUAGUUCGGAUCGUUACGGCAAGACCGGGCUGCACAUCGCCGCGACACACGGACAUUACCAGAUGGUGAAGGUCCUCUUGGAUCAGAAAGCAGAAAUAAACGCCACCGAUAAGAACGGUUGGACACCGCUGCAUUGUGCGGCACGCACCGGCCAUCUAGACGUUGUGAAGCUGCUCGUGGAAAGUGGCGGGUCUCCGGAAACCAAGACGAAUCUCGGUUGCGCACCGAUCUGGUUCGCCGCAUCCGAGGGUCACAAUGAUGUGCUGAAAUACCUCAUCGAGAAGGAGCAUGAUAAGUAUGCUCAGAUGGAAGAUAGGAGGUUCGUCUACAACAUGAUGGUCUGCAGCAAAAGCCAUGACAACAAACUAAUCGAGGAAUUCAUUCUGAUGUCACCUGCGCCGGUCGAUACUGCGGCAAAACUAUCCAACAUCUACAUGAAGCUUUCCGAGGAAGAAACAGAGCGCGCAAAAGAUUUAAUUACGGCUGGGAAACAAUGCGAAGCAAUGGCCAUCGAGUUGCUGACUCUGGCAGCGGGCAUCGAUUCGGCCGAUAAAAUCUUGAUGUCAGUGGAUCACAGGAAUGUUGAGUUCCUUGACAUAUUGAUUGAGAACGAACAGAAGGACAUAAUCGCGCACACCGUGGUGCAGCGCUACCUAAAAGAGCUGUGGCAGGGCCUGAAUUGGAACCUGUUUAGAACAAUCCUGCUGUUCAUCGUCUUUGUCGUGUGCCCGCCGGUCUGGAUGAUGUUCGCCCUUCCGCUCGGGCACAAGUACAAUAACGUGCCUGUCAUCAAGUUCAUGACGUAUUUCACGUCGCACAUCUACCUGAUGAUCUUCCUGUUGCUGGUCGGCAUCACGCCGAUCAAUUCAGUGGUGAGGACCAGCCUGAUACCGUACUGGUACGAGUGGUGUCUGCUGGUAAUGCUGUCGGGAUUCUUGCUCUUCGAACUGAUGAAUCCCAGCGACAAGAGCGGCCUUGGUUGGAUUAAGCUGGCGGUGCUAUUCUUUGGCAUAUUCGGCGUCGCGGUUCAUCUAUCAGGAUUAAUAAUCAUCUUUAAUAAACUGGGCUUUAAGGCUAAUAUAAUGGAUGAUAUAAUGGAGUUUAUGGGCUGGACUAUUAAACUGGACUUUCAAAUUUUUAUUUAUCUCAGGAACCAACUUUUUGCCCUCAGUUUCAUUUUAGCUUGCGUGCAGAUCCUGGACUUCCUGUCGUUUCAUCAUCUCUUUGGGCCGUGGGCCAUCAUCAUCGGUAAUCUUAUGAAGGACCUUGCGAGGUUUUUCGUAGUGCUGGCGAUCUUUAUUUUCGGCUUCUCCAUGCAGUUCAUCGCGCUCAAUCAGCGGUUGUAUGGACAGUUUGACCUUUACGUAGUCUUUAAGCCGGGAAUCCUAGUGGUACCUAGAAAGAUGUCGAAGGAAGUAUUCACCGACGGCAGUAGCAGAAAAUUUUUGCAUUACGUCCGCGUAUACACGAGGCAUCUUACAAGACACAUUGUUCAACGGAUAGUUACAGACAGCAUGAAUCUUGUACGUAUUAUCGAGUUAUUGUUCUUCGCCAUCUUCGGCCAGUCGAAAUAUGAAGAAUUCAAGAUGGACACGAAGCAGCCAGAUUGGACGAUCGUCCUCUUCAAGCUCAUCUACGGCAUUUAUAUGUUGGUGUCGGUGGUGAUACUUAUUAAUCUCCUAAUCGCCACAAUGAGCAAUACCUAUCAGCGAAUACAGGCGCAAUCGGACACCGAGUGGAAAUACGGAUUGAGCAAGCUCAUUUGUAAAAUUAACAGGACCACCAUGGCACCACCCCCGCUGAAUCUCUUGACUACAUGGAUCAUGUAUUUUAUCAAACUCUGUAAGAAACACACGACCAAAAAGCAACAACCGCUUUCUUUGACGCACGAGAUGAACGGCGCUCGCCUGUCCCCUUGCACCAGAAUGGUCUACAAGGAUAGCGUCGCCUUAUCGGUAGCUCAUCUGAGUCCACUUGGGAGCCAGCUGUCCUUUCAUAACGCCGUCAGAAUCGAGAACGUUGUUGACUGGGACGUCAUCAGACGUAAAUACAGACACCUUUACGGCGAGAAGAUCGAACAAAAGUUGGUCCAAGAGAGCAAGGAAACGAUUGAGAAUCCGUUGGUGGUUUAGGAAGACACGUCCAGCUUUGCCGAGAAUGCCGUGAAAUCGGAGCUUGAACUUGGAGCUUGAACGAAGUGGGAAAUGAUCGAGAUAGCCGUCAACAAUAUAUUACAUGACUCUCUGAAAAAUAAAGAGAUUGAAGUUCUUUCUAUCUUUCGCAGAUUCGCCACAUUAAAUGCGUUCGAUCGCACUGGAUUAUUUGUAUAUACAUACACCGCGAGGCGUAUAAAAAUAAAGAUUUUUAUACUUAUUACUUUAAGUUUUGUGUGAAAAUCUAAUGAAAAAAUUACAUAGACAUUUAAAGAUCUUUUCAUAUAUCAUCGAUAUGUUACUAAAUAAGAAUACUAGAGUGCUUUCUUUACACCGAGCAGCGAGGAAAUGAAUUAACUUCUCAUUGUUCAAUCAAGCCCGACUAUCAGUCAAAUAAUAUUCUAAAUACAUUACGUCAUAAACUGUAAUACAUUCUGUCGAUUCGAAGAAAUCAAGGAAUUGUCCAGUGGAGAGGCCACCCUCGCUGAAAUGACUUAAACAAUAAAAUCGAUGCGCGCAACAUACUCCUAUUAUACAUGGAAAACUUUCUAAACAUGCAAUUUUUUUAUUGUUUUAUUAGUCUAGUAUAUAUCGUAAUGUAUUUGUGAUAGACAGAUAUUACGCAAGUAAAGUACGUUUUAUGUUUGUACGUUUCCUUGAGAUAUUGUAUAUCGCUAAUUAUAAUGAAAUACAUAC